AUUUCCGUAAAGUCUAUUUUAGACGUGACACGCAACAUGGCGCUUCACUGUAGUCGAGCGUGUAGGCAAUAUUUGCUACAUCUAGCCCAAGAUAAUAUUGAAUUUAGACUACCGGAGAUCAAGGCACUGCUAUCGCUAAGAGGCAAACAAUUUUGUCCCGCAGAAAACUUUAAAGAAAGGUCUCCAUUCUGGGUUCUGAAUAAUGUGUCUGAAGAUGACGUGCUCAGUAUCAUGGGAAGAACUGUGUGUGCCAAAUCAGUGUUUGAACUAUGGGGUCAUGGACGAACACCCAGUGAACUGCAGGCAUCCCUUCAGAAAUACCCCACAGAUGACAUGGCCCCUUUUAUACAGAAAGAGUCAACAUAUAAAAUAAAUGUGUAUACGUUCAACAAGACCCUGGUCUUCAAGGACAGAAUUAAGAAGAUCGAUGCCUUGGAGUUCCUCCCGUUUCAAGGAAAGGUGAACUUGAAGAAUCCAGAACAUAUCUUUUGCUUGCUGGAGGAUUACGGCUCUGAUCCCAAUAAUAUUCCAGAUGAGCCUUUCUAUGUAUACUUUGGCCGAUGGAUUGCUGAUGGCCAGCGAGUCCUGAUUCGCUCCCAUAGCGUGAAGACAAGGCAUUUUAUCGGGAACACCAGCAUGGAUGCGGGCCUGUCCUUCAUCAUGGCCAAUCAUGCACGUGUCAAAGCCCACGACCUGGUGUUUGACCCAUUUGUUGGGACAGGCAGCCUGCUAGUUGCAUGCUCACACUUUGGAGCAUACGUGUGUGGAACCGACAUUGAUUACAACACAAUCCAUGGAAUAGGAAAAGCAUCCAGGAAGAACCAGAAGUGGCGUGGUCCAGACGAAAACAUUCGAGCCAACCUCCGCCAGUAUGAGACUGAGAAGUUCUAUGUGGAUGUCCUGGUGUCAGACUCGUCCAAAGCCAUCUGGAGACAGGGGCCACUGUUUGACGCCAUCAUCACUGACCCUCCAUAUGGUAUCCGUGAAUCUACUAGAAGAACAGGCUCCCAGAAAGAGUCAAGCAAGUCAGCAGAAGACUUCGGUGGAGAGAGUCACGUUCCCGUUUCCAUGGCGUAUCACCUGAGUGACAUCUUUAGUGACCUGUUAAGUUUUGCGGCCCACUGCCUGGUGAUUGGAGGGAGGCUGGUUUACUGGCUUCCUGUCUACAGGCCAGAGUACCGGGAGGAGAUCGUCCCCCUGCACCCCUGCCUCAGGCUAGUCAGCAACUGCGAGCAGACGCUGUCCAGUCACACAUCCCGGCGCCUCAUCACCAUGGAGAAGAUGAAGGAGGUGGAGGAUUCAGAUAAGCAGGCACUGGUGCUGGAGUCCCGCUUCAGCCCCUACCAGGGUCACAACGCCUUCCGGGAAAAGUACUUCAGCGGAAUCACCAAGCGCAGCGGGAAGAGUGACGGAAGCACGCUGGUGAAUGGCAGCGACUGACCAGCCUGGCAAAUGCGUGCAGGCGGUGAUUCUGUCUGUCUGGUGGAUCCAUGUGGGUCUGUAGGAAAAGACUUAAGGCUUUUUUAAGCUUUCUUUUUCAUUUUAUGAAUGUUUAUCUUCUACUGCAACACUGUACGGAGUGUUUUUUUUAAUUAUAAAUUAUUUUUUAAGGCAAGUCCAUCUGUUUCUCAGUGAUUAACACCAAAUAAAUUUGAAUUGACAGCA